AUGACAGACCGGUAUCCACAAGCUGCGUCCUCCUCCAACGGCGUCGGCGCAUCGCACCAAUCCAAUCGCGAGUCUCUGUACUCGCAGUUGCGUUGGUCUUCGCACCACCAACCCACGACACGACGACGAAAGCUGCAACUGCUACGAUCGUACCUACCCGACUGGAUCAUCACCAUCCUGCUCGCCGGUCUUUUGGCCAUCAUCAACAACGUCCAUGGCUUCCGCCGCGAGUUUUCGUUGACGGACACUUCGAUCCAACACACGUACGCUGUGCACGAGCGUGUGCCCACCUGGUUGUUGGGCGUACUGGCGAUUCUCGUUCCGGCGAUCAUCAUCGCCGUGUUCUCGCUUGCUGUCUCGCGCUCAGUAUGGGAUCUUCACAACGGUCUGCUUGGCUUCGUCCUCGCGAAUGCUCUCACGGUGACCAUCACUACACUAGUCAAGGUGACCGUGGGGAGACCACGCCCGGAUCUGAUCGAUAGAUGUCAGCCAGCCGCCGGCUCCUCCAACGCCGUACCCUACGGACUUGUCACGGACAUCAUCUGCACCGUCGGCGUCAACGACAAGACCCUCCGCGAUGGUUUCCGGUCUUUCCCCUCCGGACACGCCUCCACCUCGUUCGCUGGAUUCACCUACCUCUCGCUCUACCUCGCCGGCAAGCUGCACCUGUUCGACCGUCGUGGUCACGCCGUCACCGCCUGGCUGUGCGGAACGCCGCUCAUGGCAGCGACGCUCAUCGCGGUCAGCAGAACCAUGGAUUACCGUCACCAUGCGACCGACGUCAUCGCAGGCGCCCUGCUGGGUCUCGUAGUGGCGUACUGGAGUUACAAGUUGUACUACCCGGCGUUGGGACACAGUCAGAGUCACAAGCCGUACUCGCCAAGGAUUCCGGCCGAGCAUCUGUCGGGUGCCAGUGAGCACAGGUACGCAGAUCAGGAGGAAGGAGAUGGUGAGGCGAGGUACAACUUGACCCAUGGAGGGGGUGGAGAGGCGGAGGAGGGUGGUGUUGGCGUGUACAACAAGCCGAUGGGCGGCAGGGUAUUGGGUGAGUCGAUCGAGUAUCCGGAGCGCGAUACUGUGCCUAGAGUGUGA